AUGGAAGAGCAAGCCAAACACCAGACGAUGGUUUCACAGCAAGUAAGGGCAAUAACAGUAGAGCCAGAAGAAGAGCUGGACACUGGAGUCGUUGGUGACGUUGUAUCGGUUGAUGGAGACAACGGAGCAAGUGGAACUAGAUCUGGAAAGAAGAAAGAGCGAAGCUCUCCUGAUCUACCGGACAGCCAAGUUAGCAAGAAGAAGGACUUGAAACGUAGCCCUCAACACAAGAAGGAUGAUCCUAAAAAGUCCGAACAGAGCAUCGUCAACGACAAGAAGCCGGACUGGAAGAAAUUGCUAUCGAGAAAUGAAAAGAGGGAGAUACGUAAAAACAAGCCCCUUGGAAAACAUCAGAAGUCUUUGCCAAAGCCAACACCCAGAAAAUCGCGAAGAUCAGCUAAGAACGGAAGCGUUGAUCAUUUGCCCAAAGGAAAAGGUGAUGUAUGCCGAGAUACUCUCUAG